AUAUCAAUUUGCGUAAUAAACAGAAGUGCAAUAUGAAAUUGAAUUUUGAAAUGUAACAAACACUGUAUGAUGGAACAUUCAAUCAUUUUCUCAUGUUAACAUCUUUGUACCUAGAAUCGUUCAGAGUUAUGAAAUCGAAACUGAAAGUUAGAAUUUCCCAAUUCCGUCGAGUUUAAAGUACAUAUCGAUCAAUAAAAUUAAUCUAUUCUAGUCAUCAAGAUGGACUUCAUGCUUUUUCUUAUGCUCCCCGUGUGUGUAUCUUCAGUAUCGUUUCAUACACGUGAUUCAUGCCCAGCGGAUGUUGUGGAAUGGAACAAGAACAAACAUCACUUCAACUGCUCCAAAACAGAAUUUUACCAUUGUCUUCUUAACGAAAGGAACAGAUCAGGAGAGUUCUGUACCAGUGAACGACCCUCUCGAGUUCAAACAGACUUUUGUCCAAGGUACAACAGCCACUCUGAAGUAAUUACGACAGAACCUUGUAACGUACUGCAUGGAUGUCCUACUGUACCAUUUACCUCAAAUGAAGUAUACAAAUACCCAGCUUGCCUGAAGAUUAAUGAAAGAAAACCGAUCGCAGAAGGGGUAGAUGCCGUUUACUCCCCCUGGCCUAUCGCUAUUGGAAUCAGUGUAGUAGUAGUAGCGGCCAUUAUAGUGAUAGCUAUCGUCUGUUAUAUUCGCAGACGACAAAAACCAAGGAGACGGCAGGAAGAGGAAAUCCUUUUACUCCAUAGAAAUGAGGUACCUUUCUACAAAACAUCAGCUUUUCAUGAAGCAUUAAGUUUUUUACAAAAUGGAGGAAAAUUUCUGUGUUUCCAUGGACGUUGGGGAUCUGGGAAAACGACAACAGCUAAACAAGUUUAUCUGUCUGUAACAGGAAGGAAGCCAGUAGUCAUAGAGGACAUAGCUGACUUUGGUGUUACUUCAUGCGCCGAUUGCGUCAUAAUUGAAGAGCCAUUUUCAAAGCAUUUGUCAGAGGUAACACUAGAAAAUAUAAUGUUUAAGAUUAAAACUCUCUGCUCAAGAGUUGGGAAUACAAAAGACAACUUUGCUAUUUUUACAUUUUCUGAUGAAGAAUGGAAACAAUUUUCACAUGAUAUCAAGAAAAUCUUAUUGGAAUUAAAAAGUGGGCCAUUGCUUGACAUUAGUCUAAAUUACGACAACUUGAGUUCAGGUGACAGGAAUCAAAUUCUACAUUCCAUAUUUGGUCACUACAAUCCUACAACAGUUUUCAGGAAAGUAGAAGAGGUAGCUACUAAUUUUAACCAACUAUAUCUUGGUUACGCCGAAACAUGUACACUGUUGUCAAGAUGCAGGAACUCACAGAUCAGUGAUAGUCCCGUUCUCUUUUCAAAUCGACCGCUGUCAUAUCUGAAAAUGUAUUUGGAAAGAAUGUGCAAGUCUUCGGAGGACUUGGAACGUUCUAAAUUUGUGAUGUUAGUAUUUAUGAGUCUUAAUCAAAGGAAAAUAGACCUAAACAAAUCAAACACAGAACUCCGUGAACUCUUUGUGGCAUGUGACUUUUCUCUUGAGGAGGUCCAAUUAGCAUCAAUCAUACCUGAAGAAUUUGUAUUGAGAGAAGGAGAGGGAAUAUACGUUCUUCAACAUGACGUCAUACAAAGAAUGGUACUCGUAGUAUUUGGUAGGCAUCAUUUUGAAAAACUAGUCAGAUUUUCUUCAUGGAAUGAGCUACCAGACUGGAUAAAAGAGAAGACGAGAGAGAAUAUAAUUUGGAAGAUAUGUACACACCCUUUAGAUGAAAUAGAACCUAUCCUAAAAAUAUCUCAUCAACAGUUGACCGAACUUCGAAACAAAUGUGAAAGAAUUCCGGAAACACGUGUGUCAGAAAAUGAUUUAGCAUAAAACCAUAAGAUGAAACAAUAACGGUAUUUCUGAUAUGAAUAACUCGAGAUAUACUGCUUUGUCUGGAUCUCAGGAGGUCUUUUGUUUUAACACAUCUUGUCUAAAUAUCUUAGAAUGAGGGUUAUGAUUUAAAAUCGUAUACCCGUUAA